AUGCGUGUAUUAAAUUUAACAAAAGUAACAAGAAAUAAAAAUUUAUCAGCAUCAUCAGCAACAGUAUCAAAAAUAUUUAAAGUUUUAGCUAUUUAUACAUGUACAAAAAAAGUUGAUAUUGAAUCAUUUGAAGCUAAAACACGAAAAACACCUGAUUAUGCAACUGUAAUACAUCUUAGACGAACUUCGAUAAAUCGAGAAAAGAUAAUUGAAAAUAAUCCGUCAGAUAAACGACAACCUCGUGUUGUUGAAAAUUUUAUUAUUAUCUGGUUAGAUCCUAAAAUUAAUGAAUCGAAUAGUUAUUAUCAAAAUUCUAUUUCUCAUCUACGGUGUAUCGUUAAUACCAUUAAAAUAUUUACUGAUGCUGAUCGUUGCUUGGAAUUUCUUGGUAAAGUCAAAGAUGAAAAAGUGUUUUUGAUUAUUUCAGGUUCACUUGUGAUAAGUCUAAACACGAACAAUGGUCUAAAAGCUAUGAAAAAAACAAAAGGUGUUUUUACUGAAAUUGUAUUCGUAUGUGAUGUAUUAAAACAAAAUAUUCAUUAUUCUGAAGCUAAUUUAACAUCUGUUACGAUUCUUGCACCAUCAUCAAAUAUGAAAUCAAAUGAAAUUGAUCCAACAUUUAUGUAUUCACAAUUACUCAAAGAAAUUCUUAUUGAUAUAGAAAAAGAAGAUGCAGAAAAACAAAAACUUAUUAAAUUUUGUCGUGAACAAUAUUCUCAAAAUGAUUCAGAAUUAGAGAUCAUUAAUGAAUUUGAUCAAGAUUAUUUAAAACAAUCUCCAUUAUGGUGAAUUGGAGAAAUACAACAGAUUGGAGAUAAACUAUGGCAAGUUAAUUUAUCUUUAACAAAUCAUGAUGAUCAACAAUUAAAGCGUAUAGUUGAAUCUAUUCGUGAAGAUCUUUCUGAUGGACGAACAGGAUGGCAUAAACUUGCUAUUUUAAUGGAUGAAAUAGGAAAUUUUGAUAAAGCUGAUGAAUUAUGUCAACAAUUAUUUGAGAAAAUAAUGAACGAUAAUUGGAUGCAACUUACUCAUUUUCAUCAAUUUAUUGGGUUUAUUAAAAUGCGAAAAGGAGAUUAUUCAAAUGCACUUUCUCAUUUACAUAAAUGUCUGGAUAUUUAUCAAAGUCAGUAUGAUCAGGCAUUAGAAACAUUUCAAUAUGCUCUCAAUAAAGCUCUUCAAUUAAGUGAACCUGAAUAUAAAAAUUAUAAUCUUUCACUAAAUAUUCCACUUGAAAAUUUUUCAUCAAUUGAUCCUUUAAUAGCAGAAGCUCAUAUUGGUAUUGGUGAAGUAUAUGAAUUGAUGCAAGAUUUUGAUCAAGCUCUUAUACAUCAUGAAAAAGCACUUGAAAUUCAAGAAAAUCUCUUUCAAAAGAUUCUCUAG